GUCCCAAGUGAGACCAUGAAGCUGAGGGAGGUUGGCCAGUGGACCCAGGACACCCAGACCCUGCUCUCUGGGGCCCCGUUCUGCGCCCAGCCCUGCCCCCACACUGCGGGUCUGCCCCACCCCCAGCUACUGGGCCUUUCUAUGGCCGCCAUGGCAGCUGUCAACUACCUAGGGACACACUUUGCUGUCGUCGGCCGCGCAUCCUCAGACAGGACCCCCUAUGAGGCCACACGCCGCUGGGCCUCCUGCACCAGCAUCAGCCUGGCUGGGCUCCUGACCCUGGGCGCCGUGCUGGGUGCUGUAGCCACCGUGAGGGAGGCCGGGGGCCUCAUGGCUGGGGGCUUCCUGUGCUUUGCCCUGGCGUUCUGCAUCCUGGUGCAGGUGGCCUUCUGGAGAUUCCACAACCCUGCCCAGGUGGAGGAUGCCGUGUUAGACACCUACGAUCUGGUGUAUGACCAGGCAGUGAGGAGCUCGUCCGUCACCCUGCGGCAGCAGCUGGUGGCCAUUCAGGACACGUUCCUGUGCUGUGGGAAGAACUCUCCUUUCGGCCUCCUGGGGGGCACGGAGGUCAGUCUGUGUCCAGGAGAGGAGGCCACCAGACAGGACUGCUUGGUGGCGGUCAGGAGCUUCCUGAGGACCUACGGAAACAUCGCCUCCACCCUCACUGGCAUCGGCCUGGCCUCCACGGCGUAUGCCGUGCUGCUCAGUUCCUUUCUCUGGUUCGCCUUUCGCUCUGGCUGCAGCUUGGACCGCAGGGGCAAGUACACCCUAAGCCGGAGAGCCCGUGACUGCCGGCCCCAGGAGCCCAGCUUCUUCAGACGUUCCCCGGGGGGGCCCGCACUCCAGCACCCGAUGGAAGCGGACGUUCUCGAUGGCCGCCUGCGUGCGAGCAGACCCUCAGGGGGCCCUCAGUUCCUCCAGGACAGCUGACGCUGCUUCAACCACCUGUCCUGCCACCUGUCGGCCCACAGAGCCUGAGCGGGCCUGAACACGAGCCUUACGAGGAGGGUGCGACGUGUUUUCUGCCGCAGCGCGGAGGGACGGGGAAGGAGAGGAGGAGGCCAGCUCUGUUUCAGCAGACAAGGGGACCGGGGUCACUCACUGACUCCGAGGGAACAGACUGGGAAGUGGUUGGAGCAGAGAAGCCACGGGGCAGGUUUGGGCACUGUGCUUAGUCUCACAAGGUCAGAGCCCAGGGCCGAGCCUGGCCGGGCGCCCCACUGGCCGCCGGCUCCGGGGGACCCUACUUCCAGGCUCAGUCCGGCUGCUGGCUGGACACAGGUCCGUGCGGCUGGAGGACCGAGGGCCCCCUCCUUGCCAGCCGCCAGCGGACCACCUCCGUUCCUUCUCAUGUGAGGCCUUCACGUCCGAGCCGGCGAGGCAGGCCUGCCCUCUUGUGCUGAGACCUCUGACUUCCCCUUGCCCCCGGCCGGGGAGCUCACUUGCAAGGGUUCCUGUGGCUGCAGAAGGCCCACUGGGAACCUCGUGUCUCUGGCAGAAACCCCACACUUCCGGUGGGGUGUUCACAGGUGCCAGGGCCGAAGGCGAGACUCGUGGGGUGUGUGCAGGAGGGCUCCGUAGACGGUCCAGUUUCCAGGCUGCUCCCGCUGGUAGCUCCCAAGCUACCUCUCUCCGUUCUCUCCAACCAUCCCUGAGGGUGUUCACUCUCUGCUCGAAAUCGGAAGUCCCAGGUGGAACCCGGAUUGGCCCAGCCCAGGCCGAGGCCCCGGCAGAGCUGACCAAGGAGAGAGGAAUGUCGGGGCCGUUUAACCUCCUUCUGGGGAGGUCGGGCCUGCCGCCACCAAGACCAGCAAAGGAGGGUCCUCCAAAAGGGAAGAACCCUCUGUGACAGGACGGGCAGGCAAGACAGUGGACACGUGGCCACACACCCCACCGUCCUCCUCUUGCGUUUCCCCCUCGCACGCCCACGCACGCAUGCUUCCGGAGGCAAGCGUGUUUCCACCUCAUGUAUAGCCGGUGGCCCUCCUCCAGUGGAAGAGCUUGUCCCCAGGCGAGGACACCCCAGAGUCUCCUGGGUCCUGCAUUCGGGGACAGCCCAGGGUCUCCGGCCAUGUGCAUUUGUCCUCUGGACCUGCUCUGGUCAGCCUGUCACUCUACAGCUUACAAAACAUAUUUUAUAAUU